AUGAGUACCGUGGAAGAGUUGGACUUGGCCUUCAAAGCUGAUAUCAACGGUUGGCUUGAAAGUGAGUGUGCGGAUAAACUCAUACAUAAUAAACUAUUUCUCGGCAAAGAGAAGAUUGCUCCUGAAGACGACAUAGAGCCGACAUCCUUGAUAGAAAGUUUAGAAUCAACUUUGGAUUAUUUCAAUUCUACUGCUGAAGCUAAGGAAUCAUUGAAUAGAGUAUUGUUUCGCGCUGUUCUCAAUUAUGAAGAUUUUGAGGUUGAUUUUGAUGUUCCUCGUUUUGAAAUUGGUGUGGAUUUUCGUGUUUUUCAUCACAUCAUCAAGCAUUUUGACCUGUAUCAUUACUUAUAUCGCGAGUUAUGGAAGCUGGACUACCAAACUGCUUUGGACUUCAUCAUCAAAUCUUGCUUGAGGUUCUUGCGACCUGUUGACUAUAUGCACACGAUAUAUAUAAAAAUAUGGCACAAAUCUACACAGAGUAAUGAAACAGAAGAUGCUGGCAGUUGGCUAAUCACAGAGCUACGUUUAAAUCGAGGUAUUAGCGAAUAUACAGCUUAUGUUUUUAAAGAUGAAGGAUAA